UGUGAAUGUGCAGACGAUCAUUUUAUAAUCAUAUCGUUCGUUAAUUGUUUGAUUAUUCGAGAAUCGAGACCGACCAACGACCAGUUCCCAGUUAUCAGGUUCCACUGACAUCAGACAUCAUCAAUGUUGUGACUUGUGUGUGAGUUGUCUCCUUUACAUUACCCAUUUAAAAUAAAAAUAAGAGGCAUUCUUGUACCAGCUUCUUGUCUAAUUAAAACGAAGAAUCUUGCAACUUCUAAAACGAUGUCUAAUGAAGAAACUUUGGCUCAGCAAGCAGCUCCAGGAACAGACACGAUAUUUGGGAAAAUUUUAAGGAAGGAAAUCCCUUGUAAUUUUAUUCACGAGGAUGAAAAGUGUGUGGCAUUUCAUGAUGUGAAUCCCCAAGCUCCUGUUCACUUCUUGGUGAUUCCAAGAAAACCCAUCUCGAUGCUUUCGAAUGCAGUGCCAUCAGAUAGUGAGCUUCUAGGCCAUCUGAUGGUGACGGCAGCCAAAGUGGCUAAAGACCUCGGUUUGGAGGAGGAUGGCUACCGACUGGUAGUCAACAAUGGCCGAAACGGCUGUCAGUCUGUCUACCACCUCCACUUACACAUCCUCGGCGGCCGACAGCUCAAGUGGCCCCCAGGCUAAACCGACCUAGAUUGUAAAUUUAUUAGCAUUGGGAAAUUUUGUAUCACACUUGAAAAAUAUUAUUCAAUUAAAAUUUUAUGACUUUUACAUGUAAUAGCAAACAUUUAUUAAAUAGGUUUAUUCAAUAUCAAUUUGGAGUUUAACUGUUACAUAGUCUUAAGUUAGUUGUGAUUCAAUAAAUAAUUUUCAAAAGCAG